UCAAAAUCUUCUUUUCCGACUCCCUAUCAAUCAAGCGAUCUGGGCCACGCGCUUAAAACGCACUCGGCGCUUCCGUGGGAGGCGCGCGGUCAGGAUGGUUUUUGGGCUGAAAUCGGAUGUUUGGACGGCGGUUUCGGGGGAGAUUUUCUGGCUCGACUCGCAGUCAAGGCCCAGCUCUUUUUUUUUAUGAUCUUUUGUAGAAGUGCGAAUGGCGGCGGCACUGGCGGGGAGGGAGAGCCCGGUGUCCCUGAGAUUGAUUGAUAGGCGAUUAUGGGCAGGCUUUUUAUUAUAUUUAAAGAGACAGAGACGAUGUUUUUAAUAAGUGAGCGAAAAGUCAAGGCGGUUUGUGUUUUGUACUGUGACGUAGGUUAUAGAAUUUAAUUGUAACUUAUAUGAAUUGCGCUCGCGCUUCUCUCGGGUGUCUAGCGUUUCGAAUAAAACGUUCUAUAGAUUUGAACACAAGCAGUGGGUUUGAACAGAGACUCCGUGUGCAAACAUGGCGCCUACAGUAACAGAGAGGAUGAGAUACAGUCAUCUGUGGCUGAAGAAAGACAUAAACCAUGACGAAGAUAUAAAACCGCAUUACGAGAAAACAGUGAUUCCGGGAACGCUGGCAAGCAGAUCAAUUAUGUGUUUAAAUGUAGAUAUUCGCAGUUGUUCCGAGACCAUUCAAAGCGAAUCACUGAUUGAAGUGUUGCAGUGCAGAUACAUCACGGCGAUAUUAAGCGAUGUUACUAUUUAUAUCGCGAAUUUGUAUUCGCCUCUGCAGAUGUUUAUACAGUUUAGCGUAUAAGUUCAUUUUGAAGCAAAUUAAUGCAAUGCAUCAAAUCAAACAAGACUUUAUACAUCGUUUUCUCACUUACAUGUAAAGUACAAAGUUUGGAUUCACAGCAGCGCAUGCAGAAGAAAAUGCAAUAAAAAACUGAUUUGCGUUUUUAAACGAUACAGGUGUAAACGAGCAAGUUUAGUGGAGCUGAAGAGCAGCUUUAUAGAAUGCCCAAGCGUUGUCCACAGCAACAGUAACUAUGAUGACAUCCCCAUCGGUGUCCAUGGAGGAUUACCAAGAGGCUGAGCAGAUGCAAGUGGGAGAGCAGACGGCGGGACAAGUGGAGGAGAGUUUGGAGGAAGAGGAGAGCAGCUCAGCACCGUCUGAGCCACAGACGCCUAUGGAGGUCUACAAGACGGCCAUUUACAGACACCCCUUGUUCCCCCUGCUGGCGCUGCUCUUUGAGAAAUGCGAGCAAUCCACUCAGAGCUCGGAGUGCGUGACCUCGGCCAGCUUCGAUGUGGAUAUCGAGAACUUCGUGCGAAACCAGGAGAAAGAAGGCAAGGCUUUCUUCAGUGAGGACCCCGAUUUAGACAAUCUGAUGGUGAAGGCCAUCCAGGUGUUACGGAUUCACCUGCUGGAGCUGGAGAAGGUGAAUGACCUGUGUAAAGAUUUCUGCAGCCGCUACAUCGCCUGCCUCAAGACCAAGAUGAACAGCGAGACGCUGCUCAGCGGAGAGCCAGGAAGCCCGUACUCCCCAACACAGACACAGGUACGCCCGAAAACACUCUGUCUCAUUAUCUCCGCUCAGGAAUUAACCGCUCUGCACAUGUUCUCCUCACAGCCGCUGAGCUCGUUCUCUGGAGCCAUGAGUCCCCAAGGUAUUGUAGUGCCAGCGUCGGCUUUACAGCAAGGCAACGUUACUGUCACAGCCGUAAACCCCACACAGGUGGUAACAGGUGGUACAGUGUAUCAGCCUGUUACAGUUGUUACUCCACAGGGGCAGGUGGUCACACAGACGCUGUCACCUGGAACAAUACGCAUCCAGAACUCACAGCUUCAGCUGCAGUUGAACCAGGAUCUAAACUUUUUCAGUCAGGAGGACAAUUCGUCUAAGGCCAAGAGAGGCAUCCUUCCCAAACACGCCACCAAUGUCAUGCGUUCUUGGCUCUUCCAGCACAUCGGUCACCCUUACCCUACAGAAGAUGAGAAGAAACAGAUCGCCCUGCAGACCAACCUCACCCUGCUGCAGGUUAACAACUGGUUUAUUAACGCACGCCGACGGAUCCUUCAGCCCAUGCUGGACGCCAGCUCCUCAGACACACCCAAGAGCAAAAAGAAGACGCCCCAAACGCGCCCCCUACAACGCUUCUGGCCCAACUCCCUCGCCUCCUCUGUUUCCCAGCAACAGGUCACCAUGGAAGACGGUACUAUGGUAACAGUCGGUGUGGGUGAGGACGGCCUCCAGACGCUCUCAUCAGAUGGAGCUACGCUGGCCAUGCAGCAGGUCAUGAUGGGAGGUCACAGCGAGGAGGAUGAUGAUGACGACGAAGAGGAUGAAGAGGACGAGGACAAUGAUCCUUCCCACUCCGACAUGACCAGGCUGGGCUUGGAGACCAGCGACUCGCUGUAGUAGGACUGAACGACUCAUACAUACACACACACACACACACACACACACACACACACACACACACAGUUAGUAUAGAGAGAGACAUUUGAAGAAAGAGACAUUCACACAAACACCUCGGCUGACGUGUUGAAGGUCACAGAACAUCCUCGAGCUGUCAAACAGCUCGUUUGAAGUACAAAGAAAGGGCUUAAAGCCACACACACACCAAAACAACCCACACACAGGUCAAACUGAAGACACGAGCACAAGUCUCUCUCACGGCGGAACGCACGCAUCAUUUCCGACGCAGUUAGCCGAGUGCACUUUUUGUAUGAUACUGUAAACUUAAAGAAAGUGUUCAAAGCACAUUUUGAAAGAGCUAAAAGGAAGGAAAGU